CUUCACCGAUACUCUGGGCAUUUUAGACUUUUUUUUCAAUCACAUCACUCCAAAAAAAGAAGAGCUGGCCGACCUCAAAUUAAAAUGUGUCCCCGGACGUACCGUGAUCCGUAUUAAAGAAACACAUUCCUCAAAAGACAAGAACUCUAGUUCUGACGAAGACGAAGGUAUAGCCACAGAUACUCGAAAAUCGCACAUGACGUUUCCUGCCAAAGAUAACUCCUGUCAAAUGUGCGUCUGCUCCGCCGAGGGAAAAGAUGAAUACUGCAGUGAAAGACCAGCCGUGAAUGUCAAUGAAUGCUUAAUGAUGUCAAAGCUGAUGGAUAAUUUCCAUAGCUAUAUGCCUUUUGACCACAAGAGGAAUUUGGCAUUUAGGAUCAGAAGAGUUGGUGGAGAGCCCACAGGGAAGAAGUGUGUACCAUUUGUAUCUCAAUACGAUGAUUGUAACGCUGAGAACCAGUGUAUGGGUUGUACCAAAUGUACGUGCACCGCGCAAGGAACCUGGUCGUGCAAGAAGGAGAAGAGAUGCUCUCUUUUAGAACGAGAACCGGUCGACGAAGAAGACAUUGACAACGCUCUGCAGCUGAUGGAAAUCGAAAUGAAAAACGAAAGAAUGAAGCAAGCCAGUUCAUCAUCGAAUCCUCUAGUACCGUCACCUCCUAAACUGGAAGAUUUGGUCAUAGGUUACAUUAUAGCAGUAAAUUGAAGCACUAAACAGCACUUGAUAAAAUAAAGCACUUUGCACGUUUA